AUUUUUUUUUUUCAAAAAACAGACAUUUUCUCCCUUAUAUUUUACUAGUUAUUAAGCAGAAUAUUCUAGCGCAGUUGUGGAUGUGAUUGUAUUAUCUAUUAUAAAUUAUUCUUUUGAAAGUAUAAAAGUCCAACAAAUUCCUUUACCGUGUUUGACUAUCGUUAUGUCUCAUUCACUUUCGCCCCAUGAUCUCAUCCUUCAAUAUAUCAAGGACAAUAGAGUUAUGAUUUUUAGCAAAUCAUAUUGCCCUUAUUGUAAAACAGUCAAAGAUUAUUUCGCCAAUAAAAACAUACCAUUCAAGGCUCUGGAGUUGAAUGAAAUUGCUAAUGGUUCCGAAAUUCAAAAUGAUCUGCAUAGUUUGACCCGUCAAAGAACUGUCCCCAAUGUUUUUAUAGGAGGAGUUCAUGUGGGAGGCUCCGAUUCGGUGAUGAAAUUGGCCAAUGAAGGAAAAUUAUCUCAACUGUUAGCUCAAUCUUCUCAAGAUAAAAUUGAAGAAAUGAAGGAAGCCCCUGAUUUCGAUUACGAUUUGAUAGUCUUGGGCGGAGGUUCUGGGGGCUUAGCUUCUUCCAAAGAAGCUGCAAAAUAUGGCAUAAAAGUUGCGGUAUUCGAUUACAUAGUACCUACACCUUUGGGAACGACUUGGGGAUUAGGUGGUACUUGUGUAAACGUGGGCUGCAUUCCCAAAAAGCUAAUGCAUCAAACAUCCCUCCUCAAAGAAGAAAUUGUUAGAAGUUCGGACGCGAUGGGUUAUUCAUUUCCCAAUUUUUCUACAAAUGAAGAUGAUCAACAUUGUCACCAUAAUAAUAAUGAUGAUCAUAAUAUACCUCAACUAAUGGAUUUGGAGGAAUCAUCAAAAACACUUCAUUCAAAUGGAGAACUUUCAUCACAAAUGAUUCAUCGUUUGACAUACGCUAAUCAUGAUCAAAAUAUUUCUAAAAUAGAUUGGAACAAAAUGGUCCAGGCUAUACAGAAUUAUGUACAAGGUCUGAAUUUCAAGUACAAAUCGGCACUGAGAUCUUCUAAGGUUACUUACUUCAACGCUUAUGCCAAAUUUGUGGAUGAUCAUACUAUAGAGGCUAAAGAUAAAAAGGGUAAAAUAACUAGAUUAACUUCUGCGAAUUUCAUAAUUGCGACUGGUUUGCGGCCUUCAUACCUGGAAAUCCCUGGGGCUAAGGAAUACUGCAUAACCAGUGACGAUUUAUUUUCUCUUCCAUACCCUCCGGGCAAGACAUUGUGUGUUGGGGCUUCGUACAUCUCCUUAGAAUGUGCCGGAUUUUUGCACGGAAUAGGUUAUCCAGUGACUAUUAUGGUAAGAUCUAUCUUGCUCAGAGGCUUCGAUAGAGGAAUGGCCGACGUAAUAGGUGGUCACAUGGAAAGGGAAGGAAUUAAUUUUAUAAAGCAAGCCAUUCCCACCAAGAUUGUAAAACUUAAAGAAGGAAAUCCGGGCUUGUACAAAGUGCACUAUGUUAAGGAUGACGGGACGGAAGGUUAUGAAAUGUUUAACACGAUACUUUUGGCUAUAGGAAGAAUAGCUAAAACUCAGGAUUUGAAUCUACACUCAAUUGGUGUCAAAAUUAAUCCCAAAACUCGCAAAAUUUUGACUUCCUCUUCUGAUCAAAGUAGUGUCCCUCAUAUUUACUCUAUAGGAGAUAAUACCGAAGGUCGGCCAGAACUAACCCCCGUAGCUGUGCAAGCAGGCAUUCUUUUGGCUAAAAGACUUUUUGCUCCUUCGAAUUUCAAGACCCUGUGCGAAUAUGAAACAGUUCCUACUACUGUUUUUACACCUAUCGAAUAUGGGGCCUGUGGUUUAAGUCAAGAAGAGGCCACAGAGAAAUUUGGUUUGCAUGAUGUGGAGGUAUAUAUCAAGAAAUUUAGACCAUUGGAAUGGGAUAUUUCUAAGAUUGAAAAGAAUCACAUCGCUCUAUACAAAAUAAUUGCAAUCAAAUCAUUACAGAAUAAAGUGGUAGGUUUUCAUUUUUGCGGGCCUGAUGCUGGUGAAGUUACCCAAGGGUUCGGGGUAGCCAUCAAAACUGGCAAGGGGACGCUGGCCGAUUUCAAACGUAUCAUCGAGAUGAAUGUGCCAGAAUCUCAAAUAUAUCUAAAUGCACCUGUUUGAGCUAACGAAUUAAACAACAUUACACUCGGUCAAAUAAAGAUAUAUUCAAAUUUCGAAUUUUUCCAUUUCUUAUUUGGGAACAAUUUUCAAGUCUCAAUGAAUACUACUUUUCCGUCAUAAUUGUUAUUCCUUUAUUAUUAUUUUAUGUAAAUAUAUAGGCAUGUUUUAAAUAUAACCCAAGGUUAAUUUUAGCAGGGAUCUUAAACAUUAUGUAAAAUAAAUAA